AUGUUCUACGGGCAAUCCAGCAUCGACAUGCAAGUUCUCCUUAUAGCGGAGAUCACCAAGCGGCGAGCCGAGCUUCGUGAUGUAGCGGAGUCAGUCCUAACAAUAAAUGAUCUGGCCCGCUUCCAACUCACAAAAGGGCAGCUUCUGGAUAGUAAUGCGGCCAGCAUGUGUAACCUCUUAGGAGAAAGGGGUAUAGCUGUACACAAGAGGUUGACGAUCGAUGAAGAGCAUUCCAUAUUAGGGGACAUGCCCUACUUGAGUAUGAUGAAAGCUCUCUACCAGGCUGGAUUUCGAGACAAAAGUUCGCUAGCUCCCCCUCAGCCAGUUUAUCCAGUGGCCAAUCUUCAGCGCGCCAUGUGGUUGAUGGAUAUGGAUUUAAGCCUCAAAGUAUCCAAAGAUGGCUUCUCUACGGUUUUGGAGCUCUGCAGUUCAAUCACUUACUCCUUUUCAAGUAUGGUCAGACAACCAGGGCCUUGGACUUCACUGACCUGUAAGCAUGCUUGUCAGGUUGUGACUGGCUUAUUCCAAGCGCUAAACAAAGAGGAGCGACAGUUUUGGCUGGGCUGUUUAGCGUCUAAAGAGACGACAGCUGCUCAUGUCCCUGCUCUUCAGGGAAAGGAUGAUGUCCGAUAA